CCAUUUGGCGUAGGUACCUACUAAUUGUUUUAAUAUAAUAAUGUUUUUGUUUUCAACAGGAGUUCAACUGCAUACUGCGCCCUCAUGGGUGACGGCAUGGGGAUUUGCCCAUGGAGAGCCUAGUGACGAAUCUAUACCUAAGCAGAUAACGCCUACUCGUGUGACAGAAGCCGAUAUGCGCAAAUGGUGCAACGAUUUACAAAAAGCCUAUAUAAAUUUAGAAAUGUGGAGUCAUUGGAUACAUGACACAUGCCAAGAAACUAUUUACUUAUUGAAACAAAGAAAAAUGACAUGUCCAGGCUUAGCAAAGAGACAUGCAAAUGAUUGGAUCAAAUUAAAGAGAAAUAUUCACAAAGAUGCAAUUCUUUGGACGAAAUUAUAUAAACGUACUGAAUCUAACUUCAGGGAUUUGAAAUCAAAGUACAAUAAUGUUGAGAUUGUAGCAGCAGAAUAUUGUGCAAUAUGCACUUGUGAUAGACGAGACAGAAUUAGACGAAGAUAAUAAAACAUCAAUUCAAGAAAGAG